AUUUCAACACCGCCGCCCAAUGCCAGAGAUUCCAUGCGCUAUGCACCAGCUUCCCAUAGGUGAUUCAAUACGUGAAGGUGAUCACAGUUCGUACUCGUCAGAAUAGCCUUAAAAAUGCCAUUCUCAGCGACCCCUCUUUUCCUGCCUUGUUGAGUCUGAUUCCUGUCGGCCAGCUGGAGCGAUUGAAGGUGGAUGCGUACGACUUUACCAAAAUGAGUGAAUCAUCGAAGGAAUCCCUUUCUUUGCAUUCAUUCCGCUCAGCUACUGUUCACACGGGGUACAUUUCGGUUUGGAAGAAGGUCGCGGAUCUGUAUACCAUGUUUAAAGGGUCGCGGGAGCUUGAUCUUGAUUUUCAUGGGCUCCUUAAAGAUACGUCGACACCGAGCCCUCUUAUAGCCCCCCAGGGAGGGUCACUGGUAAAGCUGGCCGUGGAAGGUUAUUACCGGUCACUUCUCCAGUCGAUCAUUCAGACAGGGACGUAUCCGUUCUCGGUUAACAACCUGAAGAGUUUCUCGAUAAAGAUGUUUGAUCCAGACGAAGUUAACGAUCUGAAGGAAUUUUUAGAUUUUCCUUUGCCUUCGCUGGAGCACCUCAGCGUUUCAUAUUACUCUAUAGAAUCAGAGCGUUUUUCUUACCCAACUCUUAAUCUUCCUCCAAACCUGCGUUUUCUUUCCAUGUCAAUCAUAAUUCGGGGGCCAUGUUCGAUCAGCAACUCGUUAAGGUGGUGUGCGAAGAACUUGGAAAGUGCAAGACAUGUCUCCCUCGAAACAUUCACUAUCAAUGCAUCCCUUUUGGACUCCGAGUCCACUGAAGUAUAUCCCAACGUGCUACAAUUCUGGUCCGAAUUUGCCGUCAUGCUAUCUGAAUCUGAUUUUGGAUCUAUUCGAAACGUAUCCUUAAUAUUCAGACCAAUGAAACCAGAGGGAAGAAGCGUUCCAGGUCUGGAGUUGUACAAGAGUGCGGUCGAGAGGGAGAUGUCUUUGUUAAUCACCAGAGGACUGGUCACUAUCAGCUGAGAGCAGACCUGGGUCCUGAUCAUCAGGAUAUGUAUUAUGUAUGUUUUAAUGCAUACCCCAACC